AUGCCUUCUAAUGAUGGUGUGCGAGCCGUCGCUCGGUCCUUCCGGGUCCUUAUCAUUGGCGGCUCUUAUGGUGGUCUCGCUGCCGCUUUGAAUCUGAGUGAUUUGGCGCGGGGUCGAGUGUGUCGCUUCGAUUCUAACCCCGAUGCUAAACCACCCUCGUAUAAGAUUCCUCUCCAGAUCACCGUCGUGGACGAGCGGGAUGGCUACUUCCAUUUGAUUGGCUCGCCCAAGUCUCUUGUGUGUGAGAAAUUCGCUGCGGAGUCGUGGACGCGCUUCAAGGAUAUUCCUGCACUUAAGUCGCCGGAUUUCAGCUUUAUUCAGGGAACUGUCAGCAAAGUCGAUAGCGCGUCAAAGAUCGCUCAUAUCCUUGAUGCGGAGACAAAGGAAAAUCGGACGGAAAAGUAUGAUUAUUUGAUUGCCGCGUCAGGUCUGCGAAGAAUCUUCCCUGUUGCGCCGCGGUCUUUGCGACGGGAGGAGUUCUUAGAGGAGGCAAGGAAACAUGUGAAGAAUGUGCAAAAUGCCAGUCAAGGGAUUGUGGUCGUUGGUGGAGGUGCGGUCGGAAUCGAAAUGGCAGCCGAGUUAAAGGUUCUCUAUCCAGAGCAAAAGAUCACCCUUGUUCAUUCUCGAAACCGGUUGCUUUCAUCUGAGGAGUUGCCCGAUGAUUUUGCUGAGCGCGCACUCGCGAUCCUUCGCGAGGAGAACGUAGAGGUGAUCCUAGGAAAACGUGUUAUCGACACGACAGCCGUCGACUCGGGCAAGGAGCGCGCGUGGCGCUUGAUAUUGGCAGAUGGCCAGCAGCUUAUGACUGGACUUGUGUUGAAUGCCAUCUCACAACCAGUGGCUACAUCGACAUAUCUGGAACCAGAGGCACUGAAUGAGGAAGGCUUAAUCAAGAUCCACCCGUCUCUUCAAUUCUCCGGAAACAUCCCCAAUGCAGAGCAUCAUCUCGCGGUCGGCGAUCUUGCGGCGUGGUCUGGUAUCAAGCGCUGUGGUGGCGCAAUGCAUAUGGGCCAGUAUGCAGCUAACAACAUUCACCAACACAUGCUGGCCGAGUGCACAGGCGACAAACCCACUUAUAUGAACUUGACGCCCUUCCCGAAUGUUAUCGGUCUGGCUCUCGGCAAGAAGUGCGCGACCUACAGCCCGGCUGAAGGUACCAAAGAUGGAGAGGACCUAAUGGAUGUCAUGUUCGGAAAGGACAUGGCCAACAGCAUCUGUUGGAAUUAUAUGCGUCUUAACGACCCUCCCCAAGCAUGA